AGGUCGCCGCAUCGCCUCGCUUCGUCUCGUCAUCUCCUCGAUCCCCUUCCAUUCCCUUCAUCGCCAACGUGCCCUCACGACGCCUCUCUCAUCCAGAGCGUCUCCAUAUCCUUCUUGUUUUGUUUCUUGUGUUUCUCCUCAUCUUCUUGUGACCUGUCGUUCUCUUCGUUGGUUUUCCUAUCUUCUACAUUGUCGUUCAGCUCGUCAUGAGCUCGCAGCGUUAUCAAAGGGUGAAUGCCCAUGAUGACGGAGAUGAUGGUGACACCGAAUCAUUUCCUCCAUUGCCCUCUACUGAAACCCGCCCCUCUUCGCCUCCUCCGUCUUUCCAUUCCCGCUCGUCUUCUCCGUCGUCGCGACGGCUCCUCCAUGAUGAUCCUGUGCGAAACGAGGCGGAUCAGACCCUAGCUGAUACCUUUGGCGACGACGAUGAAUCGGAUGACGACGAGGAGCCCGAUGCUCGCCAGCGGCUAAUGCGAGCAAACCCCGAACCUCAGACACAGCCCGGAAACGGCAUCGUGGAUGCUUCAUCGUCUGAAUCAGCGGCACAAGAUGGACAGCGGGGUCCUUCGCCUCAGAGAAGGGAUACGUUGCUUCCAUCUUUCGCUACUCCGACGGCAUCCGGCCGCGUUGUCGGCGGGAUUCAUCACACGAACGAUGGUGUGUUUGCGAAUUUGAACGCGAAGCCGGAGAGAGGAGAGAAGAAUGAGGAUCUGCCUCCUUCUUACGAACAAGCUGCAGCUGAUGCCGCGCCUCCGUAUUGGGAGACGACCAUUAUGGCACCGGGGCUUUCGUCAGACGAAGUCUAUGUCGACGGUCUCCCGGUCGGAUCUGUGUUCUCUUUUGUCUGGAACGGCAUGAUUUCCAUGUCCUUCCAGCUAGUCGGUUUCUUGCUUACAUAUCUCUUGCACACCACCCACGCAGCGAAAAAUGGCAGCAGAGCUGGUCUCGGCCUCACGUUGGUUCAGUACGGUUUCUACAUGAAGGGCAGCAGCGAGGCUAGGGGCCCUGAAUCCGGAGAGCAAUACACUACGCCACCGGAUCCCAAUAGCCAUGAUUUCAACCCGAAUUCCGUGGGGGAUAAUGCUGCGGCAGCAGUCGGUGCUGAGCAGAGCUCGAGCAGCGCUAUAUCCGCCAUUACAACAAGCGAAUGGAUCUCUUAUAUUCUUAUGAUCGUCGGCUGGUUCAUCCUCAUUCGAGCCAUCUCUGAUUUCCUACGAGCCCGUCGCCACGAGCAGCUCGUCCUGCAGAGCCCGGAUCGCGGUCUGAGUGUCCCGGUCAUUGCGGAAGGCGAGAGGGCAGAGACUGUUGUUUGAAGAGGUCUUUGAAUUCCCCAGGAAUAAUAUGGAUUUCCCGAUGGAGUAUGGAGUUUCCUUUUUCGUUUGGUUGAUACAUCCCUGGUCGGGAUAGGGACAGAUAAUCCCAGUUUUCCUUGUGUCUAGUGUGCCAUGGUCAUCAUUGUACGUAUUUCCUUCUAAGAUACCAAGCUGUAUAUAUGGCCGGCUAUUCUCUGGUUUCAUCUGUGUCCAUGGCUUGCAGGCGCGGUAGGGAUUCCGCCGUCUUAAGUAAAUCCAGUGUAGUGUAGUACAGGUAUUAUUAGUUCGUGAUAGGCACUGGGAUGG